AUGAGAAGUGAGGCUGAGUGAGGUGGGGUCUGCAGGGAUCCAGGUGGGAGGGGCCCAGCCAGCCAAGGUCAGGCCCAGCCCCUCGGCAUGAGGACACGGACUACGGCCUUUGGGUGGGGCUGACUUGGCACUGACCACAAGGGAGGCCCUUUUGCAAUAGGGGAAAAGAAGCCAGAUGGAUAAAGGAAGUGUUGGUCACCCUGGAGGUGCACGGGUUUGGGGAAGGCUCCCGGCCCCCACAGCCCUCUGCGGAGCCUGAGCCCGGCUCUCCUCACUCACCUCAAGCCCCAGGCGGCCCCUCCACAGGGCCCCUCUCCUGCCUGGACGGCUCUGCUGGUCUCCCUGUCCCCUGGAGAAGAACAAGGCCAUGGGUCAGCCCCUGCUGCUGCCCCUGCUGCUGCCCCCAGCAUUUCUGCAGCCUGGUGGCUCUGCAGGAUCCAGUCCAAGCCUUCCCUAUGGGGUCACUCAACCAAAACGCCUCUCAGCCCCCAUGGGUGGCUCCGUGGAAAUCCCCUUCUCCUUCUAUUACCCCUGGGAGUUAGCCACAGCUCCCAACAUGAAAAUAUCCUGGAGACGGGGCCACUUCCACGGGCAGUUCUUCUACAGCACAAGGCCGCCUUCCAUUCACAAGGAUUACGUGAACCGGCUCUUUCUGAACUGGACAGAGGGUCAGAAGAGCGGCUUCCUCAGGAUCUUGAGCCUGCGGAAGGAGGACCAGUCUGUGUAUUUCUGCCGAGUCGAGCUGGACACACUGAGAUCAGGGAGGCAGCAGUGGCAGUCCAUCGAGGGGACCAAACUCUCCAUCACCCAGGGUCAGCAGCAGACUAAAGCCACAACCCCAGCCAGGGAACCCUUCCAAAACACAGAGGAGCCAUAUGAGAAUAUCAGGAAUGAAGGACAAAAUACAGAUCCCAAGCUAAAUCCCAAGGACGACGGCAUCAUCUAUGCCUCCCUUGCCCUCUCCAGCUCCACCUCACCCAGAGCACCUCCCAGCCACCAUCCCCUCAAGAGCCCCCAGAACGAGACCCUGUACUCUGUUUUAAAGGCCUAACCAAUGGACAGCCCUCUCAAGACUGAAUGGUGAGGCCAGGUACAGUGGCGCACACCUGUAAUCCCAGCUACUCUGAAGCCUGAGGCAGAAUCAAGUGAGCCCAGGAGUUCAGGGCCAGCUUUGAUAAUGGAGCGAGAUGCCAUCUCUAGUUAAAAAUAUAUAUUAACAAUAAAGUAACAAAUUUAAAAA